AUGAUGACAGAAGACCGAUUAACACAUAUUGAUUCAAUGACAAAUGUCGAAUUACGUGCUGAACUUAAACGACGAGGUUGUUCGACAUCAGGAAAUAAAAAAAAUCUUAUAGCUAAAUUACAUGCUGCUUUACAAAAAGAAUUUGAACAAUCAUCAUUAAGUCAUUCAGUUGAACAUCCGCAAACUGAAACACCGGUUAUACAUGCAGCUUUACUGACGAUUGAUGAUCAAGCUACUGCUCAGCAUCCAUCUGUACACACAUUAUCAAUACCACAAAAUGAUUAUCCAUCUUCUGCACCAAUAAUACCUAUUCCUCAACUAUUACAUAUAACAUCAUAUAUAGAAGAGGAACAAUUUUCAUCGAUAAAUAUUCCCAAAGUAAAUGAUACUUCAGUUGUUUCUUCAACAUCCAAGAGAAAAACACGAGCAAGUAGCAAAAAAUCUUCCGUCGAUUACUCAUCGAAUGAAAAUUCAAAUACAACAUCGAAUCAACAAGUUAUAGACACAGAACAAAAUGCUUUGGAUGUUUCAAGCAAUGACAACAAUGUAGAGCGUUUAAAUCCAUCGAAAGCAGAACAACAAUAUAAUCAAUCAAUAACGAUUGAUGAAGAAAAAAAUUCGGCAACACAUGAUGCCAAUGAUGACUCCAAAAAUAAUAAUAAGAUGAUGGAUCAGUCAUCAGAUGCUAUUUUAUCUGCCGAUUUAAAAGCAGCCACAACAAAACAACAAGAGACUACAAAAGAAGAUGAAUCAUCUUCAAUGCAUAAACCAGUCAAAAAAGCUGCUUCUCAACAACAACAAGAACAAGUUAAAACAAAUCGUUCACAAACAUCAUCAUUAAUGAAAGGCCUUCAUCGAUCAACAAAUAAUAAAAUCAAUUUAUCAUCUGAAAUUCUCAAAACACUUAUUCCUGAUAUAAGUCUAUUACCUGAAUCUGUUGUUAAUGAUGAACUUGAUGGAUUAAUAAAUGAACAGAGUAAUGAUAAUAAUACUAAUGAACAAUCAGUAAAAGAACAAGUAUUUGAAACAAAUAUGAAUAAUGAUUUUCUUUCUUGCGAUUCAAUGACUAUUGGAGAUUUAGCAGAUCAAAAACAACCAACAAAUCGAACUGUUGUUAUGAAUAUUACUACUAAUUCAUUAUCAUUAAACGAUGAUAUUAGUACAAGAAAAAAACAAAAUUUGACAUCAACACACCUUCCUUCGUUUGAAUCAACAACAUCAAUUGAUGGAAAAACUAAUUCUAUAAUCACAGAUGAACCAGUUCGAAUAAAAAAUGUCACUGCCGUAAAUGAACCAUUAAGUCAAAUUUUGUACAUUCGUGGUCUCACUCGUCCAUUUAGUCUUCUACAAUUAAAAGAACUUCUUCGCCGUUAUGGAACAUUAGUAGAUGGUCAAUUUUGGCUUGAUAAAAUAAAGAGUCAAUGUUUAGUUACUUAUCAUACAAUAGAAGAGGCACAAAAUGCACGUGAAGCACUUGAUGGUUGUCGAUGGCCAUUAACAAAUCCAAAAACAUUAUCUGUUCGAUUUGCUCAACAAAAUGAAUUGGAAUUUAGUAAAACUCAUGAUUUACCACCUGAUCAAAUGUCUAUUGAUGCAAUCGAUCGUAUUAUACAAGAUAAACCAAAUAUAAUAUCGUCACGUCGAUCUACUAGUCCAAUUGAUGGAGUCAAAUCGAAUACGAAGAAAGAUCACUCAGAUGCACGAGAAUGGGAUAUACCAAAGUUACAAGAAAAAACGCAUGGGGAAGUUAUAAUACCUGAAGAAGAAGAAGAAUCAAUAAAACCAAAUGAAUCAUCAGUGAAAGGACUUGAUGAAUAUUUUCGUAAAACAAAUUCAAAACCAUCAAUUUAUUGGUUACCAUUAACAGAAGAACAAGUUAUUGAACGAAAUCGUCGACAACAACAACGUAAGACUGAACGUGAUGAAGAACGAAGAAAACAAGAACUUGAUGAAAAUGUUCAAAAAUCCGAUUCAAAAUCUUAUCGUCGAUCAUCACCAUCACAAGAAAAACGAAAACAUAGUCCAUCAUCAUCGAAACGAAGUUCUAAACGACAUUAG